GACCCAGUAACACAAGUGACACGCACAACACACACGAGACGUCAGUGGCAUGUACGAUCUGACUGGCUAGCUAACCAAACAAAAAACUAUCACCCUUUUCCUAUCUAGCUAGCUUUUGGGCCUAGUAGAAAAAUGAAGACGCAAGAUUCUGGCUUCCAACUCCCGUCGUUUUUGCCUAAAAUGUCAUAUGAUAGGCAAACAACGUUACUGAAAUUACUUAUCCUUUCUAUCGCAGCAGUUUUAUCAUUCUCCACACGAUUGUUCUCAGUUUUGCGGUUUGAAAGCGUUAUCCAUGAAUUUGAUCCUUACUUCAAUUAUCGAACAACACGAUAUUUAGCAGAAGAAGGAUUUUACGAAUUUCAUAACUGGUUUGAUGAUAGAGCCUGGUAUCCAUUAGGAAGAAUCAUUGGAGGAACAAUUUAUCCAGGUUUGAUGGUAACAUCGGCUGUUUUGUAUCAUGUCAUGCAUUUCUUUCAUGUCACUAUUGAAGUGAGAAAUGUUUGUGUGUUUCUUGCACCUUUAUUUUCAUCUCUGACUGCUUUGGUGACUUACCAAUUGACAAAAGAAUUAAAAGAUGCUGGAGCUGGCUUGAUUGCAGCAUCUAUGAUUGCUAUUGUUCCAGGUUAUAUUUCACGAUCUGUUGCUGGAUCUUAUGAUAAUGAAGGCAUUGCUAUCUUCUGCAUGCUAUUGACAUAUUUUUUAUGGAUCAAAUCUGUAAAAACUGGCUCAUUAUUAUGGUCCACACUUUGCUCAUUGGCUUAUUUUUACAUGGUGUCAUCUUGGGGAGGUUAUGUGUUUCUAAUAAAUUUAAUUCCAAUGCAUGUUUUUGCGCUGAUGGUUACUGGCAGAUUUAGUCAUCGAAUUUAUGUUGCAUAUUCAACUGUGUAUUGUAUUGGAACUAUUCUUUCCAUGCAAAUCUCAUUCGUCGGGUUUCAACCUGUUCAAACUAGCGAACACAUGGCUGCACUGGGUAUAUUUGGAUUAUGUCAAAUUCAUGCAUUUGUAGAUUAUUUGAGAUACCGUUUAAGCGCAAACCAUUUUGAAAUUCUUUUCAAGUCAUUGGUGAUUAUUUCUGGAUCGAUCGCUGCUCUUAUAGCUGCCAUUUUGACUAUAACUGGAAAGGUUGCACCAUGGACAGGACGUUUUUACUCUCUGUUGGAUCCAUCCUAUGCAAAGAACAACAUUCCUAUUAUUGCUUCAGUUUCUGAACAUCAGCCCACUACAUGGUCAUCAUUUUAUUUCGAUCUUCAGAUGUUAGUGUUCAUGUUUCCAGUUGGAUUGUACUACUGCUUUUCCAAACUAACUGAUGCUAACAUCUUUAUUGUCAUCUAUGGAAUUACAAGUAUCUAUUUUGCUGGAGUGAUGGUGCGUUUAAUGUUGGUAUUGGCACCAGUGGCUUGUAUUUUGGCUGGUAUUGGAAUUUCAUCAGUUCUUUCCACUUACAUGAAGAAUGUUGAACUCUCUUCGUCUCAACAACCAGCAAAGCCUCAAUCAAGUAGAAAGGCCAAACAAGCUGAUCCAUCUUACCCAAUUAAGAACGAAGUGGCAACAUUUAUGGUUGCUUUGGUAACGUUUUUCUUGAUUACUUACACAUUCCAUUGCACAUGGGUCACAUCUGAAGCUUACUCGUCACCUUCUAUUGUAUUGUCUGCAAAACAAGGAGAUGGAUCUCGUGUUAUUUUUGAUGACUUUAGAGAAGCUUAUUAUUGGUUGAGACAAAACACGCCUGAAGAUGCUAAAGUUAUGUCUUGGUGGGAUUAUGGUUAUCAAAUUACAGCCAUGGCUAACCGCACCAUUCUCGUCGACAACAAUACCUGGAACAAUACUCACAUCUCUCGUGUAGGCCAAGCUAUGGCUUCCACAGAAGAUAAAGCCUAUGAGAUCAUGCGGGAACUGGAUGUCAACUAUGUUUUGGUUAUUUUCGGCGGUCUAACUGGAUAUGCAUCAGACGACAUUAACAAAUUCUUAUGGAUGGUUCGUAUUGGAGGUAGUACUGAUACUGGUGCACAUAUUAAGGAACAUGAUUACUACACACCGGCUGGUGAAUUUCGCAUUGAUAAAGAAGGCUCGCCUACUCUUCUUAACUGUAUGAUGUACAAAAUGUGUUUUUACAGAUUCGGUGCUGUGUACACUGAGCAAGGUAAACCAACAGGCUACGACCGUGUUAGGAAUGCAGAAAUUGGAAAUAAGGAAUUCGAGCUCGAUGUCCUUGAAGAAGCUUACACCACUGAGCAUUGGUUGGUGCGUAUCUACAAGGUGAAAGAUUUGGAUAAUCGAGGCGUUUAAUUUUUUUUAAUAUUGCUGUAGGAGAAUUUUGAGUCUUACGCAAAGUAGAAAAUGUUUGAAAUUUUUUAAUUAAGUUAUGAGUUGGGAUAUAAUGUCGAAAGAAUGCGUUACUACGAAAUGAUAAUUCAGCAAGGCAUGAUAUGAGAACUAAAUAUUUCUCUGGAAUUUACAAUUUCUUGCGUUUUUUUAUCUACAAUUUUUACGGUACUCUUAACAAUAUUGUAACAGGGAUGAUAUUACGAAAUAUAUGACUGUGUACAAA